CCUCGCCGUGCGCCUCCGGGGGCCGGACUCAGCGGUGAGCGGCAGGCGGGCGGGGGGAUCCGUGCGGAGUUUCCCUCGGUGUCCCCAAGUUGCCGCUGUGCGGCCGGGAGACGUGGCUCGGCGGAGCAGCACAGACGUGCGUACCGAGCCGCGGGCGCUCGGUCCCCCGAGAGCCCGAGCCGACCGCCGCCAGGGGCGGCGCGUGUUGGCGAGUUCGGGGCGAGAGCGGAUCCGCGCACGCUCCCGAUGAAGCGGUGAGGCCGGACUCUUGGACCGCCGUCCUCCAGGAGGGACGCGAGUGGGCCGCCGCUGACCUGGGGUGCAGGGCGGGGGGGGGGGGGCAGGUCUCCGCGCUGGCGGGGCCGCCGGCUGCGCGGCGGUCUGAGACUGGAAGGGGGUGUGCGCCGGCGUGCACGGGAGUCCUCGUAGCCGUCCACGCUGGACUCCUUUUACCUUUGGAGAAGGUGCCACUCGUCUAAGGGUGUUUUGCUCUUGCCUGUAAUUAGUAUUCUGCUGCGACGGUGCGUCUGCAGGGCUUGCCUCUGCUCGGCGUCCCCGCUUCCCCUCCGCCUGGCGGUACCUUAGGUUUGCGCUGGGAAAAGGGCACCCUGUUUGUCUGCGCGGUGGACGUCUUCGUGGGUGCACCUGCUACGCGGCUAGUUGCCGGUAUCCAACCUCCCUGCGUGGAUUAAUGAGAAGGGACCUUUGGUCUGUAUUGGCUUCACGUUGUAGAUCGUUAACCUUUUCGGAUUUCAUAGAUAUAGUUCAGGUACCUAUUACACCAUUCUUUGGCGAAGGUUAUUCAGCAGUGGUGACCCCUUACAAUCGAACACUCUACAAAUUAUUAUCUCUGGACUCCCAGCUGACACCCUGCCGGAGGCAAGAGCUACUGAGCCAACUGGAACUGUGCCUUUUCUCUUGUCAAGGUUUUCUUCUUACACAGGAAAAAGGAAGAAAAAAAAAAAGAUGAAGUUGGGCAAAGUGGAGCUCUGCCAUUUUCUGCAGCUCGUAGCGCUUUUCCUGUGUUUCUCUGGGAUGAGUCAAGCAGAGCUCUCCAGGUCCAGAUCAAAGCCCUAUUUGCAAUCAGGGAGGUCCCGGACCAAGCGCAGCUGGGUGUGGAAUCAGUUCUUUGUGCUGGAGGAAUACAUGGGUUCAGACCCUCUCUAUGUAGGAAAGCUUCACUCUGAUGUUGAUAAAGGAGAUGGUUCCAUCAAAUACAUCUUGUCAGGCGAAGGGGCAAGUUCCAUUUUCAUUAUUGAUGAGAACACGGGGGAUAUCCAUGCUACCAAGAGGCUGGACCGAGAGGAGCAGGCCUACUAUACGCUGCGAGCCCAGGCGCUGGACAGGCUCACCAACAAGCCCGUGGAGCCCGAGUCCGAGUUUGUCAUCAAGAUUCAGGACAUCAAUGACAACGAGCCCAAGUUCUUGGAUGGCCCAUACACUGCAGGAGUUCCUGAAAUGUCGCCUGUGGGGACCUCAGUGGUACAAGUGACAGCAACGGAUGCUGAUGAUCCUACAUAUGGCAACAGUGCCCGAGUGGUCUACAGCAUUCUGCAAGGACAGCCAUACUUCUCAGUGGAACCAAAGACAGGAGUCAUCAAGACCGCCCUUCCAAACAUGGAUAGAGAGGCUAAAGACCAGUAUUUGCUUGUUAUUCAGGCAAAGGAUAUGGUUGGUCAAAAUGGAGGACUCUCAGGAACUACGUCAGUCACCGUGACCCUAACUGAUGUCAACGAUAACCCACCUCGCUUUCCUCGAAGGUCUUACCAGUAUAAUGUCCCAGAAUCAUUGCCAGUGGCCUCUGUUGUGGCCAGAAUCAAAGCAGCUGACGCAGAUAUAGGAGCUAAUGCUGAAAUGGAAUACAAAAUCGUGGAUGGUGACGGAUUAGGGAUUUUCAAGAUUUCUGUUGACAAAGAUACACAGGAAGGAAUCAUUACUAUACAGAAGGACCUGGAUUUUGAAGCCAAAACAAGUUACACACUCCGGAUAGAAGCCGCAAACAAAGAUGCCGACCCUCGCUUUCUGAGCUUGGGUCCAUUCAGCGACACGACCACAGUGAAAAUAAUCGUGGAAGAUGUGGAUGAGCCCCCUGUGUUUUCCUCACCCUUGUACCCCAUGGAGGUAUCGGAGGCUACCCAAGUUGGGAAUAUCAUUGGCACCGUCGCGGCUCAUGACCCAGAUUCUUCCAACAGCCCUGUGAGGUAUUCAAUUGACAGAAACACAGACUUGGAGAGGUAUUUCAAUAUCGAUGCCAACAGUGGAGUUAUUACAACCGCCAAAUCUUUGGAUCGAGAGACAAAUGCUGUUCAUAAUAUCACAGUUCUUGCAAUGGAGAGCCAGAAUCCGUCUCAAGUUGGAAGAGGCUAUGUGGCCAUUACUAUACUCGACAUCAAUGACAAUGCCCCUGAAUUUGCUAUGGACUAUGAAACCACCGUGUGUGAAAAUGCCCAGCCAGGGCAGGUUAUCCAGAAGAUCAGUGCCGUUGAUAAAGAUGAGCCAUCCAAUGGACACCAGUUUUAUUUCAGCUUAACGACUGAUGCAACAAAUAACCACAACUUUUCAUUGAAAGAUAACAAAGACAACACGGCUUCCAUUCUCACCAGGAGAAACGGCUUCCGGAGACAGGAGCAGUCUGUGUACUACCUGCCCAUCUUCAUCGUGGACAGUGGUUCGCCUUCCCUCAGCAGCACGAACACCCUCACCAUCCGCGUCUGUGACUGUGAUGCCGACGGGGUAGCCCAGACCUGCAACGCGGAGGCCUACGUCCUACCUGCCGGCCUCAGCACCGGAGCCCUGAUUGCCAUCCUCGCCUGUGUCUUGACGUUACUGGUGUUGAUCCUCCUCAUCGUCACCAUGAGAAGACGGAAAAAAGAGCCUCUCAUUUUCGAUGAGGAGAGAGAUAUCCGAGAAAAUAUUGUGAGAUACGACGAUGAAGGUGGGGGAGAGGAAGACACAGAAGCUUUUGACAUGGCCGCACUGAGGAACCUCAAUGUCAUCAGAGAUACCAAGACCCGAAGGGAUGUGACUCCAGAAAUUCAGUUCUUGAGUCGACCGACUUUUAAAAGCAUCCCAGACAACGUCAUCUUUCGAGAAUUUAUUUGGGAGAGGCUGAAAGAAGCUGACGUGGACCCCUGUGCUCCCCCCUAUGACUCCUUGCAGACGUACGCGUUCGAAGGAAAUGGCUCAGUGGCUGAAUCGCUCAGCUCCUUAGAUUCCAUCAGCUCGAACUCUGAUCAGAAUUACGACUACCUAAGUGACUGGGGGCCUCGCUUUAAACGACUCGCAGAUAUGUAUGGCACUGGCCCCGAGAGUUUGUACUCAUAGCCCCGGAACCUUAAUCUGAAAUGUACUGGAGAAAAAAAAUAAAUAAAUAAAAGCAAAAACAAAACAAGGCAAAACAACGAGACAAAACAAAACAACCCACUACAUACAGAAAACAAGAACUCGACUUACUAGAGAGAACGGUUGUACAUAUUUCUCCAUUUUUAACUGUUUGGGCUUUGGCCUUGGUGAAGUGUAUCUCCAUUAGACUUACCCAAGGGACUGCACUGACCACAGACUCUGAGCAUUCGAAGGCUUUUUGAUAAAACGACAUGCUCAGUGGUUUGUGAAUAGAUAGCAACUCUCAGAUACCUGCAAAGCACCUAACCUCUAUGAGCAAGUAGUGCCCUGUGUUGUCCGUGACCCAAGCGUGCCCUGUACAAACCUUCACGGUACUGCCAGUGAGAAGAACAACACACGAUGUGCCAUUGAAAAUGUCCUAGAACUUCUCGCGAAUCAAAACUCGGGACCAGUAUAAUUUGCGGUGAUGCUUUUCGCUUGCUAGAUUACAGAAUCCAGCGCAAGUUUACUGCUGCUGGUUAGCAAAUAUAUUUUAUUUAGCAGUAUAUAAAUUCUUAGAAAAUCCUCCCCGGUCCUCCAAUACAAACCGAUAAAAUUUGGUUUCAGGCAACAUAACCCAUUGUUUAGCAAAUAAAUUACGAAGGGUCCCAAAUAAGAAAAAAAAAAGGUAAAUCAUUCCUUUUGAGCUGCUUGUGGAGGUAUGAAAAAAAGUUGCUGUCUAUUCAUUGAUUUUUAUUAUCUCUUCUGAUUUAUACAGGAGACUAUCUUUUCUUUUUUUUUUAUUUCAUACAUGGUGUUCUAUUUAUUUUGGAGCUCCAAUCUCCACGAAAUUCAGGUCCAUCUGACUGCCUCAUAGAACUAAGCUCGUCAGAACAUGCUGAUUUUUCUCUAGGCUGAGCUAAAUGAAGGGAAUGAAGCAUGGAUAUGGAGAAUAAAAUAGAGCAGUUGAGCCCUUUUCACAUCUCAGAGAGGAUCCCAGCUACAAGGACAUACAAGAUGUUCAUCUGAGCCAUUAGAAUGUACCAAACAGUGGAAUAAAAUAUUUGUAUUUUGGAAAGAUUUCAGAAUUGAGAUUUGUUUUGGAUGCAAGAUUUAUUUUUCAAGGUCACAAGUUCUCUAUGCUCCAAAGACUUUUGAGAAUUUGUUUUCCCCAACCUUUUUGGCUGUAACCGUAUUGACUAAAAGACUGUUUAUUUUUUUUUGUUUUUUUAACACUACCUUAAUGUAAUGUUACAAUUUUCAAAAUCCGUCUUUAAAUUCUGACGCACACACCUUCCUCAAGAACUAACCAAGCAAUGUAGAAGGUCCAUACUGGUUUAGAGGGUGCCCAGAUGAGGAGACCAUUUCAAGUGAUCAUGUGUGUUUAGGAUGGGAUUCUUAGAAUAAGGAUUUUAUGACUAAAAUAAUAUUUCCACCUAUCACUUUUUCCUAGAAUAGUACUAGCUUAAUGUGCAUAUACUGAAAUAAGAAUGGACUUUUUUCUUUCAUUUCUCUCUUUCAGAAUAAUUUAUUGGGUUCCUAAUCAAUCUACAGAUAGCAGACCCUGUAGAGGAAAUUACAUUUUAAAAGUGCUUCUUUCUGAAAGACAAACACUGGAAUCAGAAUAUUCAUAUUUGGAUGACGUGAGGAGAAACCAGGAUUCUGUAAACUUACGCUUCAUCCUUAGAAAUAAAGUAGGUGAAAGUGACCUUCAGCCUCAUCACAAAAGAAAUAAGUCAGUCAAUCUGACCAUCUGCACUCAGUCCUUUCAUUUGAAUACAGGUUUGUAAACAUUGUUGUGGGACUAGAUAGAUAUGCUUCUUGCUGUAUUAAUAUACAUGUAUGUGAAAAACUCAUAACAGUAAAAGAUUCUGUUCAUGACUUUUAGUCCCCUAUGUAAGUUUUUCGAAUAAAAAAAAAAAUACAUAGUACACGUACCCAAGUCAAUAAAAGCAGAGUGUGGUGCAGGAACUAUGUAGGCGUUAAAUCAGCAAGGUGCUGAAAAGACAGUUUUGUAAUAAUCCCCUGUUGUCUGCAGGAAGGCAAAAUCGUUUAGUGCAUUUGGAUGAUGAUGUCAAAACUGAUUGUUCCACAGAUCACUAAAUGGAGGUUUGAGUGUAUUUUAGAAAAGAAUAAUCACAUCAUUCACCUUUGUCUUGUUUUUAAGUAUAUAUAUAUAUAUAUAUAUAUAUAUAUAUAAACAUAUCUUUUUAUUUUUUUUUCAUAUCUGCUGAUCACAGAUUGGGAAAAGAAAAGCUCAAAUUUAAAUAAAGAUUUGAAAUUCUUGCCUAUACCCACUUGCUCUUUUAUGCGUGGACAAUGACAUCAAUACAGAUACUAAACUUGAUUCAGUGGGAUUGUUAAAAAAAUACUUGAGAUGGCUGAGAGUGUGUCCCUAAUUUACAUGAAAUUUAUAUGCUUUCUAUCUAAGCUUACCAGUAACAGGAGUGAGUUUAUUUUAGUUUUUUUGGGUUUUUUUCCCCCUUCCGAAAUCCAGUGCCAUAUAUGAUUAUCUCCAUAACACUUGAGAGGCUAUGUUUUAAAACCAGACCCUGUAAUAAUUGAUAAAAUAAAAAAAAAAAUCCACGUUAAACCGAGUCAGGAGAUUCUCCAGAAGCAUUUAAGUAGAUCCCUAUUAUCUAGUCACUAAAAUUCAGUGGUGUAUUAGAACCAGCCAGAACCGGCUCCCAAGAACCAAUGACCUACGUCUCUUCGCCAUCCCCCUUCUAGUGAUAUCAUUUGGUGGGUUGAAGUUAACCAUGUAGUAAGAUUUAGACCACCAUGGAAAUAAGCAAAUUUUUUUUUCCUGAAGAGCCACUUAUUAAAUGUUCACCAUUUCACUGAUUAAAUUGCUUUAUAAAGGAAACUUUAUGAUCCUAAGUAUAGUAUGAAUGGAGUAUUAAAUAAUAAUCCUUAGAACUACAAAUAGGACCCACUUCAUUAUAGGAAGCAAUGGCUUGAUAAUUUCAAGUGCAGACAGUGGUCUGGAAAGUCCAUAAAUUUAAAUAUUUUCCAUUUGUCCAUAUAGGGGCACCAUUAGAAACUCAAAGCACACAAAGUAAUGCAUAUUUUUGAACAAUUUAAUUUCUUAAAAAUUUUUGUAUUUUAUGGGGUGCCUGGGUGGCUCAGUGGGUUAAACAUCUGACUUCUGAUAUGGCCUCAGGUUGUGAUCUCGUGGUUAUGGGAUGGAACCCCACGUCAGGCUCCAUGCAGAGCAUGGGAUUCUCUGCUUGGGAUUCUCUCUCCUCCUCUGUCUCUGACCUUCUCCCACUCAUGCUCUUUCUCUCUCUCACUCUCUCUCAAAAUAAAUAAAAAAUAUAUUUUCAUUUUACUUGUUACUGUUUAUGUCAAGGAGAUAUGCCCAAGCCCCAAUUCUGAAUUAUCACGGCAUAAUUUUAAGUCAGCGUAAAGAAUACGAAAACUAAAUCUUAUCAAGAGAGUGGGCUUUUGCAGAUCAAGUCUGAAUUAUCAUUCUGGAUUCACAGGUCAGUUUCUCUGUUAAAGCGAUACUCUAAGGUCAACUGCAGACCCAAAUUAAGAAGGAGAAACAAGAAAAGGUCAGCUCUGUGGAGGCAAUGAGUAGAUCCUUCUAUAAGCAAUUACUUAGAUGAAGCUGUUAAACUUUCCUUUGACAAGAAGCUCACCGGAGGCCCGGUUGAGGUCAGGUAGCUGCCAAACACAGGCAGGAAGUAAUCAUGUUCAGGUAACAAUAGCUGCCUUUUCACUCCACCCUCUGAGAAUGUUUUAAAUUAUUUUAACUUCAUGCACCAUUACAUUUACUACACUGGAUGGUGAGCAGGAUCCAGCAAUUAUUCUCAUGUAAAAAGUGUAGUUAUGCAAGAUACGAGUAUUAUUUGUGUCACGGGCCACAUGUCCAAAGAACUUGCAAAUAAUUACAUCCAAAUCUAAAAUCCGAGGGCGCUUAAAAUAAGUAGAAAUAUGUUACAAGAGGCAAAAACCACCUAAAUAUUUUAAAGUUUUUAAGCACUCGCUGUAAAUAUCAAUCUCCAAUUUUUAAUUUUGAUUUGACGUCGACUGACUUACAAACUGUUUUAAUUAACCUCAGUUUUUAAAUCACUAUUGAAAGGUUUAUUUACAGAUGAGCUCAUUAAAGUUGAUUAAAAGAGAGCUUCAACUUUUAACUCUUUCCAGUCCAGGAUGGCUGGCGGCACAGUGUAUAUGACAAUUAGUAGGGAAUGAGUUUCAUUUUCUGUUAGUCUGUGUUGGUUAUCUGGUCUUCAUUAUGAAGUUUUUAAAAAGUAUUCGUAAUGUAUAUUUUAUGUAUACACGAUGGUGUGUGAAAGCUUGGCAGGCAAAACAAAUGCAGAUGCGUGAGCUGACUCCUCAUCGGUACAACCCAAAGAGCAAAAGAAGGAGUAAUUGCAUUUACGUGUUGAGUGUAAUUGAAAUUGUUUCAGAGAUGGGGAUAAGCCCUUGAGAAAAGCGGGACUUGACGCUGAUUUGGCAGCCAUUGGAAAGUCCAUUUCCAGGGGUAAUUUUUCAAGCGCGUGGCAUUCUGACACUUUUUCUUUGUUACGCUCUCUUGUACAGGCUCAGAGGUGAACUGUAAAAGGUCACGUGAGUGUGUGUGUAGUUGCGCGUGCGCGGGUGUAUGAGCUUGGAGGGGGUGGGGCAUCGGAAAGACUGAAGCAAUCUUAGAGAACUGGUCUAACAUGACCUUGUUAAUGCCAACAUAUUAUUGUCAUUUGGCAAAUUCUUAAUAAGCCAUAAGAUUAGAAUACCUGAUAUUGACUGAAGGGAGCAAUAUUUUAUUCGCUUUAAAAUUUUAACUUAAGGAGAAGGAUUUUGGUAUUAAGGGGAAAGCAUUUAGCUGAACUAUCUAAAUAAUUGGCUCAUUUUCUUUUUAUUGUGUCGAUGUGAUCUCAUUGUUAACACAGACUAUGGAGUUUGAAUUAUUUAUUGUGGAAUGUCACUGAGCUUUGGCCUUGAGUAUCAGUGUGUUGUACUACGAAGUAACCCUGGUCUGUGGUUAUAAAAUCUGGGUCAGAAGGCAGUUCUAGCACAUUUCUGCUAUGCCCUGGAUGCCAUUCUAAUUCUCUGAACCUUUAUAUCUUCAUGAUUAAAAUUGAGUUAAUAACUAUCCUGUCUGUUUCAAAGGCUUGUGAGCUGAUUAAUUGAAAGUGCUGUGUAAACUGUAAAAUGCUGUAAAAAAAAAUGUACGGCUUUAUUAUGGAAAAUUAUGGAAGUUAUAUGAUAAGGUUGAUUAUAUGUAUUGUUACGUGGUAAACACAGAUAAUGACUGUUUUUGGAAACAUGCAUUAAUGGAAAAAAAAAAAAAAAAGUAUGCAAUUAGUAUCCUAAAUUGGGAAAGCAUUUUCAGAGAAAAUUGGCAUAAUUGAUUAAAGCCACUCCUCAAAAACAAUCAUUUUUGUAAGAUCUUUAAAGGUUGAGGUAUAAUUCAAACCAAUUCAGUCAUUAAUAAGAAUUAGGGAUAGCCGUAUGGGCAGAGGAUUACAAAUAAAUAACAAUAUUCCCUACUCGUGAUCAUGACGGAGUGAAAGAGGAAGGCCUUCCGCUGAUCCCAGCCUCAUUACAGAUCACAAAUAUAAGGGAACAGAGAAGUACACCAUCUUCCAGAACAUCCAGAGGAAAUACAGUGUGGUUCUAGGGAUCCCAAAGGUUUUGUCAGUCAUGAGCGACAUAUGUAUAAUUAAUAAUGUAUACACUUCAAAGAACUAAGGUACCAUAAUAUUGGCUUUACAUGAAAACUAUCCUGUGGUCUUGUUUUGAUGACCUAAAACCACUUCCAACAUCUUACAGAAGCUUGCUUAUUUUAGCCUUUUAUAAACAAAGAAGCCAUCAGAGAUUAAAAAGUAAUAUGCAUAGGAUACUAUUGCUUUGUCAGUGAUAAUCUACUCAUAAAAUGAGUGCUAAUAAACUUUCUACUCAACUUUAGAUAUUAGUUAUCUGAUUAUUUGAAGCUCGUAUGAACAAGCAUUCUAAACAUACGCAUUAAUAGCUAUGGAAUUACUGAGAGUGUUGAGAAGUAUGGCAUACUCAUACUCAAGGACAUUAACUCUUGCAUUUUUAUUGCGUUAAUUCAUGAAAUUUUGGUAAUCGUUUUUAUUUUUAUAAGCCAUAAAAAUGAUAUGCUCCACUACUGUUUCAAGCUGUAUUUUUCUUGUGCGUGGACACUAUUUUUUAACAUCAAGAUCUGGCAUAUACAUCAAAUAUGAUCAAUACUUCAAAAGUAAUCAGUUUUAUAAAACAGGUAUGUAGAAAUUGCAAUUUAUCUGUAAUGAUUUAUAAGGCAAAAAUUAAAAAGGAAAAAACCUCACUAGACAAAUUUAAUGUAUAUUAUGUUUCAAACUGCAUAUACAUUGUAUAUGAGCAUACACACAUGCCCCCCCAACACAAUCUAAAUGCUACCUGCUAAAUGGAGUAAACGGCUUUUAACAUUCUUUCAAGGUAAUUAUGACUGCUAGAUGCAAUCUCCAUAAUUAAAUUAUGUGGGAAUGCUGAAAAAUGAUACUGUACAUUUGUAAAGCUGUUCUUAGAUUCCAGGUUUUUUUUUAUAAAAAGAGAAAUGAGCAAUUCAUGUAAGUAAAAUAUACAAGAUAACUUUCAAUGAAACUAUUAAUGACUAUUCAUGAGGCUUUAUUAUAAUUAUAUGAAAAAAAUUGAACGCUUUUUCUACAAUGUUUUUACUUACAUAAGAGUCAGUUGAAUAAAUGGAUAUAACCUAGUUUUAAAAAUGCUAAUUCAAUUAACCACAAAAAUCCAUCCUGAAAAUAUAGUUCCAUUUAGCCUGGGCAAUGAGACAUCAUGCAAAAACUUGCAGUCUGAUGUAUGUCAGAACCUGAAGAGAUGAUUUUUGUUCAAAUCAAGCACUGCCUUUCAGGCAGAUAGUCUGCUUGAGUACUAAGUACUUGAGAUUUUUUUAGUAGAUAAAGGAAAGUACAGUUUCGUAACAAUACAAGUGAAUAGCUGUAUACAAAAUGCCCAAUGAAUAUGAAUCAAUUUGGGAAACCAGGCAGUGGCAUUAUGAGAGUUCAGUUUAUUGCCACGAUUUCUUGAUGUGUGCUUUGCUGGGCUUAAAAAUAUUAAGAAGCUGUGUUGCAAAUUAAUUGAUUGCCGAAUAAAACAAUUUCCCAAAUUCCUGACAAACAUCUGUGUCUGCAGUGGCUCACUGUUUAGUCCUGCUCCUCAACGGUGAUGGUAAUCCCAAGUUGACUUCUAAUUUUUACGUCUUGACUUCUUGGUACAUAAAAUGAAUUCUGUUGUAGUUAAAGUUUGAUGUUUUCUUCUAAGUGACUGAUUUUUAUGUGAAAUCUUGUUAAUAAAAAUGUUCCAGAGAUAUGUCAUUUUAAGUUUCAGAAAGAUCUAAUGUAACAUGUGGUUUCAACUUGCUUCCAAGCCUGUGAAUUGCCCAAGGAAGGCAUUGUUAUCCCUUUUAUAAUGGAGAAAAAUUGAAACCCAGAAUAAUUAUAACUUAUCCAAGAAAAUGUGAAAAGUAAGUGGUAGAGAAAAUAAGAGAAAAAAAUAUUUUGCCCAUUAUAUUUUCUACUGUCGUAGACCUUCAAAAAAAACAAAAACACAAACAAACAAAAAAAAAAUGUUCUGGUUUGUGAGGGUAAGAAGACAGUUGAAACUCAUUUCAAAAAUGAGACUCGCCAAUCUUAAUUAACCUUUAGAUUCCUUGCAAAGAGUGUAAGACUUCUUUAUUAAAAAAAAAUUUUUUUUAAUCUCUAAUUGGGGAAAUGACAUUAAAUUGUAUGUUUAAAAGUAGCAAGAAAACAAAUACUGAUAUUGUCAGGAAUCUGACAUUUCAACUCUAUUUAUCCCCUAUUAUCUCUCUGAGGGGGUCCAUCGACCAAGAAUGUACCAGAUUGUAGCAGUAUGGCAAACUAGAUAUUCUGAGGGGCACCCUCUCUGCAGAUUUCUAUACUUUUUAUGGCAUUGUUGGCUCUCAGGAGUGUAAGGAAAAUCGUGAAAAGCCUUAUACUUUCACAAAAAGGAAAAAAAAAGAAAAAGAAAAAGCUGAAUACAUUGAAGAUGAACUGUAAGCAAACACGAAUGCUGAAGUUGCCCUGCGGACAGCUGUCACCCCGUGCUGAGCUUGGAGAAGGCAGCAAGACACCUACAAUGAAGCCAGCACCCACGAAGGUGUUAAUAUCACUCGAGGCCAACUGUGCCCUUCGUUCCAGAUUGUUGUUAGCCAAAUAUGAAUGAACAAUGAAAAUCACCAGACGCAUGAAUGAGAGGUUUCACAGAAACCCCCAAGAACUUCAGAUACUGUAAUUAUCAAAAACAAAAAGCGAGCCAUAUAUAAAAUGUUUUGGGAAAUAAAAGGGAGAAUAACACAUGAAUAAAGACAUUGCCGAUCAUGGAGGUAUACUUGCAAAGGAACCCAAGUGUCCAUCUCUAAAUUAAUAAUUCAAUCUUGAAGCUAGAAAGCAGAUGGGGUACAUGUACCAUUUAACACUGCACAAGAGAGACUCAGUAAACUAAAAAAUAGAUUGGAAGAAAUUACCUAGGCUGUGGCAUAGCGAGAGGACAAAAAGAUGUGAUCUAUAAACACACGAGGGAUGAGGAUAAAAUGUGGAGGUCCAGCAUCCCUUGACCCAUGGUGAUCUCUGUUACUCAGAAUUUCAACACGAUGUUCAAUUGCCUUUUUGGACUCCCAUCUUCAAAUGAUGGUUUCACUUUGCCAGAGGCUUCCUGUGCCCCUGACUCUACAACAAGCUAUACACUCUUUGUGGUUCACAGUUUCAUUUAUUUAGCCUGGUGGUCCACUUAACAAAUAUUGUUAUAAAUGAAGCCUCAAUUUCAGUGAAAAUAAAUUGUGCACCCUCAUCAAAACUUGGGGCAUACCUAUGAAAAGUGAGCAGGAUGCCUAAGCAAUGUGAGUUAAAGCUAGAUGAAUUAAAAUUAAGCUCUGUGUUUUAAUUUGUCUCCUCUCUCUAGGGAGUCCAGAUGAUUUCAUCUGUGGUUACUAAAGAUCAAAGUGAAAUGUUAAGUCUUUCCUCUGAUACAGGGAGUUUGUUUAGAUUUGGACAGAAAAGAUGCAACGUAAUAAGGAUAUAAGUGGCAUAAAUGAAAAUGGUCAUUAUGUUCCUUCCAGGUACUCUUUC